UCGCUUUGCACCAUAAACCUCAAAGUCUCAUACUAUACUCUUUGUUAUAUUUGUUACUUAUAUUUUCUUCGUUCAGCAUGGACUCGCCGAAGCGGCAGGGGCAGAAGUUUCUGGUGGCGGUGACGGCGGUGGCGGCGGUGGUGGUGAAGCGGGUGAGCCGGCUGCAGCGGAGGCUGGCGGUGAGGGAGCAGUGGAGGAUGGAGCUGCGGUCGCCGAAGAAGCUUCUGAGCAACAUAAGCAGCAAAACGCUGCCGUUUAGGAAGAAGAAGAGGGGUGAGGAGGAUUGGGGGAAGGGUGGGGUGUGGCAGAAGGCGAUCCUGAUGGGGGACAAGUGUGAACCGUUGGAUUUCUCGGGCGUCAUUUAUUACGAUAGUAACGGGAAGCAGGUGAACGAGAUGCCCCUCAGGUCGCCACGUGCCAGUCCCGUGCCGCCUGGACACUAUUUUAUCCACCAUAGCCAUCACUACUAUCACCACCAAUGAAUCAAAUCAUUGAUGAUGAUGAUGAUGCACCCUACGAUUAUAAGCCAGGACACACGCUUACAUUUGUUGUUGCACAUGCGUCUUUUAUUUUAUUUUUGUCGUUGUUAGACAGAGAUAUAAAGUGAGUCCGAAUCCCAUGAGUUAUUCCGACUUAUCACAAGUUCUAAUGGAUCGGAUUAAGAAAAGUUGAAUGAAAAAAAUCUGUAUAGGAUAUGUGAAAGUGGGGGAGACUUGUUCCUUUAAUGAGUUCUUAGUGUUUAGAUAAAUAAUCUAGUUUGUGUUACAGUAUGUUUAGAUUUUAAAUUUCUCUUUGCUUUUCUUCUCUUUGUAUUAAGGGAGUGUGGUGGGAGAAAUUGUUAUAUGAUUACUACGUGAUGAUUCUGAAUUUAUCUGGGUAUACAAGUGUGAGUUAUUUUUACUUUAUGUAUAAAUGAGAUUUUAAAUUUA